GCUUUACAUCAAAUUAGGAUCAAAGUAAGUAAAUUCAUUAUUAGCAAUCAUGUUGAACAUUAAUAUUAUUAUUGUCUCAGCAACUCUUUUUAUUUUCCUUUUGUGUUCUCCAUCAUCAGUAGCUAUAUUCUUGAAUAGACUUCAGCUACCAUCACCAGUGACAGGUCCUGAGUCACUUGCAUUUGAUAGAAACGGUGAAGGACCUUAUGUUUCUUCUUCUGAUGGAAGAAUUUUAAAAUACCUUGGUCCAAAUUAUGGUUUCAAGGAAUAUGCUGUCACUUCGCCAAACAGGAACAAGACAAUCUGUGAUGGCCUAGCUGACUUCUCAGCAAUCCAAGCAACAUGUGGAAGGCCUUUAGGAUUGGGUUUCAAUCAUCAAACAAACGAUUUGUAUGUCGCUGAUGCUUAUUUUGGGCUCAUUAAGGUUGGUCCCAAUGGAGAAAAUGUAACCCAAUUAGUUGGUCCUGCAAAGCCCAACUCUACUAGGUUUGGUGAUGGUUUGGAUGUAGACCAAGACACUGGAAUCGUUUAUUUUACGGAAGCCAGCACCAAUUUCCAACUCAAAGAUUUCCAGACACUGCUAAAUAGCGGAGAUAGUUCAGGAAGCCUGUUAAGCUAUGAUCCAAGCACCAACCAAACAACAGUGUUGUUAAGCAAUCUUGCACUGCCAUCAGGGGUAGCAGUAAGCUUAGAUGGUUCAUUUGUCCUUGUUAGUGAAUAUCUAGCAAACAGAAUUCAAAGAGUGUGGAUAAAAGGACCAAGAGCAAAUACAUCAGAAUUAUUCAUGCAACUUCCUGGAAGACCUGAUAAUAUCAAGAGGAACUCGAGAGGACAAUUUUGGAUUUCAGUUAAUAGUUUUAUACCACCACCUCGAUUUCCGAGACGUUCUACUUUGCCUGCUGGUGUUAGAGUCGGUGCCAAUGGUUUGGUUUUACAGAUUGUGUCUCUUGUUCCUGAGUAUGGUACCGAACCAGUUAGUGAGGUUCAAGAGUUCAAUGGGACACUCUAUGGUGGCUCCCUGCUUGCUUCUUUUGCUAGUGUUUUUACUCCCUAGAGUUUUUCACUCUCAUUCUUCUUUGUAUGGAUAUUAAAAAGUAAAUAAAGAUUAAAUAAAGAAAAUUAUUAAUCAAAUAUACUUGCAAUGA